CGCCGUGUAUUGCCGUGCCGCUGCAAGCACUGGCUACCCGUCAGUAAACACCUCGUGUAUAAUAUUUUUGAUUUAUAAAAAAAUUAAUAUUAAAUACACCAUAUAACUCCAAAACUACAUUUAAUAUUAAUAAUUAUAUUUUAACAAUAUAACGAGCUAUUAAUCAAGUGCUAAAUAUUGUGUGGUUUUUUAAAUUUAAUGGUAAAUGUGUGCAUUUCCUUGUGAUGAGUAGUAGUUCCGGGCGGGCGUCGAGGGGAAAAAGCUGAGUUUGUUCGUUCAAUCGUUCCUUUUCGUGAGUGAGUGAUAAUAAUCAUGAAAUAAACCUCAAGACGCUCCAAAAAAAUAUUAUUAUAUUAUUCAUAAUUAAAAAAAAUUAAAUUAAUUUCAAAAAAUUUAAUUCAUUUUUAUAAAAUUUUUAAAUUUAAAUUAUCAUAGAUAUAUUUAAAAAAAAAAAUUUUUUUAUACCUACAAUUAAUAAUUUAUUUUUUUUUUUUUAAAAUUAUUAAUAUAUUUUAUUUAUAUUUCUUUAUUUGAUAAGUAAAAAAAAUUAUUAAAUUAAUUAAUUUAGAUGUAUUAUAAACGGGCGCGUGGUACGCUCAAUGCGGCUGCCACAAAUGUUGUGCUCAAAAAAAAAAGUGACAGUACGAAAUUGGAAUAAUGUCAAAUGUCUUGUCACAGCAUUUGAUUGUUGAUAAUAAUAAUGAUUUAAAUAAAAAAAAAAACAAUAAUAACAACAAUAAGAAAAAUAAAAAAACCAACAAUAAAAGUCAAUAUUUAUUGAAUAAUAAAAGUGAUUCUUCUUCAUCAUUUUCGUCCUCUUCUUCUUCGUCGUCAUCAUUAACAACAACAACAACAACAACAACAACAUCAUCUAGCUCAUCAUUACAAACAAUAGAAAGUUUGAGUGGUGAUUGUUUUGAAUCUUUAUCAUCAUCUUCAUCAUCAUCAAUAUUAUUAAAUUCAUCAAUAAAUAAUAAAUUAAAAAAUAAAAAACAAGAUAGUGGUAAAUUAAAAGCGGCUACGGCCGCAUACAACAUGGUAGCGGCGAUGAACGAUCAUCUGUCGACCUCGUCGACGACAAAUAGUGGACGUACAAGUGCACAUGAAAGAAUAACAAACGAUUUUACAACUGGUUGUCAAACAAUUGAAAGUGAAAAUAUUAAAUCAUCACCACCAGCUGGUAUUUUAACAUUUCCUUGUGAUUUUGAUCACAUGUAUGCAAGUAUGACUGACGGUACACCAGCAACUGGAGCAACUGCAACAUCAACACUUGGUGUAUCAUCACCUUUACGUGGUAAUGAUUCACGUAAUAAUGAAUUAUGUGAAAUUAAACAUCUUAAAGAAUUAUUAUUAUUACAUCUUGAUUUGAUACAACAACAAUCUGAACAAAUUGUUACCAAGGAUAAAUUAUUAUCAGCAUUGAGACAAGAAAAUGAAACGCUUAAAUUGCGGAUUGAACGUAUGGAUAGACGUGUUAAUUUACAAAAAUUACGUUCAGAAUCAACUGAAAAUUCAGUAACAUCAGAUAAUACUGGACCAUGUUCACCACCAAAUUUACAUUCAGUCAGUAGUUUAAGUAAUAAUACUGGUGAUUAUAUUAAAACAAUACAAACUGUUGAUAAUGAUAAUAAUAGUCAGCCAUAUAAUGAAAGUUUUAAAAUAAGAUUGAAUACAAGUGGUGGUAUAACAACAGUUAAACAAGAGCCAAUUGAUAAUAAACAUGAUAAUGAUAAACAAAAUGUUAUUGUCAAUGAUGAAACACGGUUAGAUUGGGAUGUCGGAGCUAUUAGUAGUAGUGGUGGUGGUGGUAGUGUUGGUGGUGUUCAUGGUAAUGUUGGUAGUGUUGGUAUUGGUGGUAGUAGUAAAAAAAAACGUCGAUCAGAUCCAUUAACACCAACAUCAGGUGGUGGUAGUAGUAGUAGUAAACGUAAACGUGGUGUAUCAUGUUCAUCAACAAUAAGCAAUGAUACAACAUCAACAAUACCAGAAAAUAAAUCAAUAACAAAUGAUAAUACAAUUCAUAGAAAAUUUGAUAAAAAAGGUAAAUCAUUAGUUAAAAAAGAAUCAUAUUUAACAACUGAAAAUCAUUAUUAUACGGCAAUUGGUGAUCCAAAUUAUCAAUUGAAAAUUAAAAGUUUAUUAAAAGAUGAUGAUGAAGAGGAAUCAAAUUUAGAAGUACCAAGUUGGAGAGUUAAAGUAUAUACAAGUUGUUAUACAAUGGAAGGAACUGAAAAUUUAGAUGAUGAAAUAUUUAAUAAAAGACAUUUAAAACUUGAGAAUGAUGAAAGAAGAAGAAAACGAUGGGAUGUACAGAGGAUAAGGGAACAACGACAUAUUGAAAAAUUAAAACAAAGACAAGAACGUCAAAAUCAUCUAGCAACAUGUUACAAUACAAAUCACACUGGACCAUGUCCGACAACAGCUGAAGAAGAAAUUGUAACAACACUUUGGCCAGAAAUUGAUCAAAUUCAAAGUCUUCAAGUUGAUCCACAAUUACCAGUUGCAGCAUUUGGUGCACCAAUUCCUAGUUUUACUCCAAGUGAAUUUUCAUUACCCUGGUUGCUUACUACAAAUCGACUUAAAAAUCGACGACCGAAACGCUCGUCAUCGGGUAGAAGAAAAUCUAGGAGAUAAAUUAAUUUUAUUUUUUAAAAUUAAAUAGGUAUUGGUAUAAUUAAUAAUAUUAGAAACAGUCAAUGGCAUUUUUUUUUUUUUUUAUUUAUUUAUUUUAUUGUAUUUUUUUUUUUUUGUUGCAUUAACUGUUAAUUUAUUUUAAUUUUUGAAAAUGAUGUUUAUUUUUAAUAAUGAUGGCAAGGCAGCACAAAUUUUUAUAACAAAAAAAAUCUUGUUUAAAAAAUAAAAAGCAACGAGAUUUUCCAAAGAUUUUAAUUUUUUUUUUUUUAUACAAAUGAAUGAACAAUUAAUGAAAUUAAUUUUUAUUUGUUUUGUGUUGCUUGCUUGCUUGCUUUUUUAAAUUAAAAUUCUGUCAUCGGUGAUGGUAAACAUCAUUUAAAAAACUGCAACUUCCUUUGUUAAAUAAAAUCAUUCGUACCUUGGUUUUUUAUAAAAAAAUCAAUAAUAUUAGAAAAAACCCAGUUAAUUUUUUUAAGUUAGAAUAUUUAAAACUCGUCUUCUCAAAAUGACAUAUUAUUGUAAAAAAAAAAAUUAUAUAGAAUCACAAACAGUGUAAACUAUGAAUAUAGAAAAUGUAAAAAAUUAUUGUCUAGAGUAAAUAGCUCCAGUAAAGAAAAAAAAAAUAUUAAAACUUUUAUGAAUGUUUUUUAAAAUUGUGGGGAAUUUAUGAAAAUAUAAUUAACCAUUUAAUUAUUGUUGAGCAUAAAAAAUUGAAUCCAAAUAAUUUAAAGCGAUUCAAUGACAUAUCAACUUGAAUUUUUUAUAAUCGACAAUAAAUUAUAAAUUUAUUUUAUUUAUAUAUAAAAAAAAAAAAAUAAAAAUAAACAAUAAUAACAUUACUUUGAGUCUGUUUAUUUUUAAUAUUUUUUUUACAUUUUACUAAUUUUUUUUAUUUAAAAUUAAGACUCUUGUAAUUAUUUUAUUUUAUAUAUUUAAUUAUAUUUAAAAAUUUAUUAUUAUAUUUGCAUUUAAUUCACGUGAUACUGAGAGUCAAUUAUAUUUUCUUCCCCCAGUUUAAGCUGUAAGAUAAUAUUAUCUUAAUUUGAAAAUUAAAUAAACAAAUAAACAUUUGUUUACAUAAACUACUACUUAUUUAAAAUAUCAAAAAUAAAUUAUCGAUUUACCGUCCAAUAUUCAAUGACCAGGACUUGAAGAAUCGAAGCUUUUGUGAGCCUAAUAAGAGUACAAUAUUAAUAAAUAUUAACUGUAAAUAAUAACAAUAAUAAUAAUAAAAUAGAAGAAACAAAUUUGAAUGAAAAAAGUAAAUUUGUUUUUUUCUUUGUCGUUUUUAAUAAUAAUAAUAUAAUAAAUGAAGAGACUGUAAUAACGAUAGAAAAAGUAAAUUGUUUUUUUUUUUUGUUUUAAAGAACGAAUAGAUAAUGUUUAAUUUAAUUAAUAAAUGUGUAAUAAAAAUCAUCAUUAAAUAAUGUGAAAAAAUUAAAAUUGUAAAAAAGAAUUAAACAAAUUAAUGAAAAAAAAAAAAACAUUAAAACAGUGCAAAUAUAUUUAAUAUAAUUAUCAUUUUUUUUUUUUUAAUUUCAAGCUCUUAAUAAUAGUAAAUUUUAAUAAUAAUAAUCUUUCUUGAAAAUAAAAAACAAAGAACAUCUACUCAGUUAAUGAAAUUUGAUGAAAAUCAAAGUCAUAAUAAUUUGUCGAUUAGUUGUAAUAAAUAUAUAUACUUAAAUAUUGUUUCGAAAUAGAUAAAAAUAUUGUAAUUAUUAAUUGAUAAUGAAAAUAAUAAUUAAAAACAUUUUCGAUGAACAA